AUGAGCUUGGACCUGGCGACCGUUUCUGGUUGGCUUUACGCCAUAGCCUGGAGUGUCUCCUUUUAUCCCACCAUAUUGUUGAAUCUCCGGAUUCGAAGCGCCGAUUCCAUCUCGUUGGAUUUCGCUAUUCUCAACCUGCUUGGCUACUCGUGCUACACAGCGUCUAUAUAUCUCCAGGUGUUCAGUGAGACGGUAAGGAAGCAGUUUUCUGGUGCUUUUGGUGGCAAUCUGCCGCUACUUUCCGUCAUUGACCUUGCCUACUCCGUGCACGGCUGGAUUUUAACCGUUGUACUACUAUCACAGAUCAUUUUGGGAAACCAGUGGUGGGGCCUGAAAAACACGAGAACCUCGUUCAAGUUCAGUAAGCUUGUCAAAGGCUACUAUGUUGCAUUCGGUCUCUUUUUGCUAUACAAUAUUUAUUAUAAGAACCAGAAAAACCAGCUCCUGAACUUCACGCUGAACCUUUCCUACUGCAAGAUUCUUGUCAGCUGUACCAAGUACAUUCCCCAGGUUCUACACAAUGCCAAGCGAAGGUCCAUGUUUGGAAUCUCGAAGAUGCAAAUUCUACUGGAUCUCUCUGGCUGUUUCUUCUCUAUUGCUGAGCUCUUGCUGAGAAACAAAACAACUUUAUUGAAGCUCCUGGAGGCGAAUAGAAGCAAGCUGGGGCUUAUAUUUGUUACAAUGGUAUUCGAUUUGAUCUUCCUCGCCCAAUUUCACCUCUAUAAACCGCCUCGCAAGCAGAAGCCCAAUAUGAUGGAGAAGAUUCCGGUUUAG